GUUUUACACACACACACACACACAGGGUCGUAAGCGUAAAGGUCAGAGGUUGUUCUUUAAUGAGAGUGCCGCUCUGGUUUUCACUCACUCCUGAAUAAAUAAGACAGCGCUCUCAGUUUGCACAAGUACAGAACUGGUGGGGAGCAGUAACUGCCUUAACUCGGGACUGUGCCAGAGACACAGGGAAGAUUAUUGGAAUGGGAGAGGGGAAAUAUACAAACUGCUGGUGCACUUGAAAAAAAAACUUUGGAAAAGUUAUUGUCUCACUCCUUGAAGAGUUCUGGUUUUUUUUCGGUUACUAAUUCUUUUCUUUGUCCGAGCAACAAAUAUUUAAAAUUUGUUUUUUUUUUGAGGGGGGAAGAGGGGUUUAUUUCUCUGUGUUAGUUUGUGUGUGUGUGACAGAGAAAGAGUUUGUUGCAAUGUCUCAUUCGGCCAGCGAGGACCCGGAACGGACAAUGCAGCUCAGACACCUCAACAAGGCGGUGUGCAGGAGUUUAUUUGGUAAAUUGGACCAUGAGGAGCUCAGGAAGGAUAUGAAAACUCAACUGAAAGAGAUCAAGAACUCCCACUGCCAGAGGUGGAACUUCGACUUCGAGAACCACAGUCCCCUGGCUGGCAAUUACGUCUGGGAAGCUUUCGACUCCCGGGAUCUUCCCAGUUUCUACUGGGACUCCCCUGUCUCUAUCCCCAACGCCGAAGCAGCAGGCGAUACAGAGACUCCCCAGGAGCUGGAGAGCAGUGGCCAGGCGAAGGAAAACGACAAGAGCCCCAAUAAAAUCGGGGUGAAAGCCAGCACUAGGAGCAGAAAGCGGGAGAGCACAGCCCCCAUCACAGAUUUCUUCCCAAGACGCAAGAGGAUGGCCAGUUCCAAGCCUCUGACUCCUAGAGAGACGACUCCACGGAAAAGGUUCCGGUAAAAAUUACCCAGGACCGUGAGUGAGAAAGAGAUACUGUUUGCUUUGGGUAAAGUUAAUCAGAUCCUGAAUGUGAUAAAAGCCUGAAUGGGAGAUUCCCAAGAGCGCAAGACCACUUCCAAACAUCUGCAUUGGGAUUCGAUGUAGAUUCUGUGUUCCUGAAACCUGAAGCACUGUCAGUUCGCCUGUGAUAUCCUUGUGUGAAGGACCUUCCAGGACACACUCUGCACACUCAAAACGAUACAACAAUUCACUGACACUUCUCACCACAAAGCACAAGAAACUAAAACCCAAGACAUUAUCCACAUCGAACACUCUGAGGACUAUUGAUAGCUAAAACUGUUGGCUUUAUUUGGCUGGGAGCGAGAAAAUCGGCUUGGCUGCCUCAACUUGAGUCAAGGGAAAGCUACAGCGACACACCUGGUGACAUGUACUUCAAGGUGAUUGAUGUGAAUGCUGCAACAAGGAAUCAGAUGUAGCAUUGAUGCAGCAUCACCCUAGCGAUGUACCUGAUUGAACUGCCACUGUACUUACUAACUGGUCAUGAUGUGGAGGUGUUGGUGUUGGACUGGGGUGGACAAAGUCAGAAGUCACAGCGACACCAGGUUAUAGUCCCA